AUUUUAUGUAGCAUGAAGAAGAAGAAUAUGAGGUAUUUUCAUACACAACAGAGGAGGUCUAAAUAUUUAGAAGUUGGGAUAUGAAAGAUCCUGUUGAAGAAUACGUAAAAAUUGAAAUUAUAUUUUGAAUUAGAGCCAACAACAUAAAAAGAGAAAGGGAAAUGAAUAAUUGGUUUACAAGGACUUAAGAGAUCGAAAUGCAUUGCUUACCAUUUACAGAGCAGUUUAAUAUGAAAGUAAAAGUUCAAAACUGAAUUUUAGCUUCUGAAGAUUAGAUCAUAAUAAAUAAAAUAAUCUCGUGGUUGUAGAACCAUUAAAAAGUAAUAUUGCCAAAAAUAGAUACAGAACGAUAUAAACUGAGUGAAAAGAGUUUUCUUAAACAUAUUUUGACAUCAAUUUGCACAAAACCUGCAGAUUCAAAUGCUUCUGAAUAUGUUAAAAAGAAUUUAACAUUAGCUCACUAUGUCAAUGAAGCAAUUGAAAAACAAGGUGAAGGUUUUGUUAACAACAUCCUUAUGAUGGUCUAGCCAGUCAAAUUUCAAGAUUAAGUAGUCAAAGAUCAAGAUUAAAUAUAUAUCAAUUAUUUUGCUUAAGCAGUGGCUUAUUAAAUGAAAUAAUCAAAGAAACGUAAUUACUUCAAUUUUAUUUAUAGCUCAACUACAGGGAGAGCCAUCUCUGAGAUGUAAUAAAGUGAUAUUUAUUAACUUAACUGGAAAGGAGAGUGCAUUCAAUUUGUAAGAAUGGGAAAAAACUUUUGAAAAGUCUGAUGAGUUCGUUUACUUCUCUUUAAUCAAAGUAUUGGAAAAUAGAGAGCAAAACUAUCAAUAGUAAUUCUAAGAAUACGAAAAAUGGUUUCCAGGCAUGGAAACAGCGAAUUUUAAUUAUUUUUUGCUUCCUUAUUAUAGUUUUUAAAAUGAGAAUAACAAAAACAUUUUACAUGGUCAAUUAGUAAAGACAUUCUUUUAGAAUUUUAUGCAUAAUAGAAUUGAGAGAUUCUCACACAAAGCCUACAUUGCUUUAAGCUUAUCAUUAUCAAAUGAUAUUGAAUAUGACCCAUACGCAAUCUAAUUCUUGGUCAAUGCUCUGACCAAAUUGAGUAAUGACAGGUUAAUGAUUCAUAUUGACAUUGAACUUAAUGAACGUGACAAUUACUAUGAAUAAAAACUAACUCAACUAAUGAAUCUUUGUUAUACUUCAUUUUAAGAAUAAAACAUUACAAUUUAGAAAAUCAUUGCAUAAGAGAAAUUGGAAUUAUGUGAUUUGAUCCAUAAACUAAAGGAUAUCUAUUCUCACUACAAUCUUAGCUAUUUAUACAAAUCAAUUUUAUAUAGUGAAAUCGCAAUCAAAAAUUUAUAAUAAGAAGUUAAAUAAAUAAAAAAGACUAGAAUAGAGAAAUAAAUAAAGGAAUAUUAGAGAAUCUUUUAUAAAAAAAACAAUAAAACAUAUUUUAUUAUUGUACCCGAGUUGGAGAAAUAAGAUAAAUUAUCACCUUACACACAGGUUAUCAUUAAUUAUUAGGAUGAUAUCAUAGUCCUGUAUGAAGAUGGCAAAAACAAAUAUUUAUAUUUCCUUGAUUUCAAAACAGCUAAAGUUAAUAACAUGAAAUCCUAGCAAAUCUGUAAAUUGUAAUUUAUUUUAACUAAAUCUAGUACUAAUCUAACCAACAUUUUAGACUCUUAAGACAUUUUAAAUUAAAUUGUAUUUUAUUACAAUUACAAUAUAUAUAUCCUCUAUGGAUAAAAGGGAUUCGAAUUCUAAAUGUAGGGUCAGAGAUACAGCAUUAAAGAUGAAUAAUUAUACAAAUUAAAACAUGAUGAUUAAGAAAAGUUUAGUUAAGGUAGUUUCCAUCAAAAAGUUGCAAAUUAAAAAUUGGAUAAUUAAGUAUUAAUAGAAAAAUUGAAAGCCAGAGCAUCACCAACGGUUUGUAUAGAAGGUUAAACGGAUUAAGUUCUAAAGGUCGUCCUAUUUGGAGGAGAAAAUAUUUAGUAAAAUUCUAAGUUAUAUCAUUUAGCACUCCUUAGAUUAUGAAUUUAAUAGAAUAUAUUCAAAUCAAGGAAUAAUCAUUUACCACUCAUAUUUUAGAUAAGAAUAAUUUGUAUAAAGAUCUGUCUUUUAAACCCUAUCCAGGUCAAACCAUACUGAAUUUUAAGAAUGUAAAUGAUAUAUUAUACUUGAUAUUGCCAGGGAAUGAUGUACUGAGAAAAAAAGCCCAAAACCAUCCAAUCAAUACUCAAUUCUCUCAAAAUGCAAUUUUGAUGAAAAAAGGAUGCGUAGAUUUUACAAUUUCUAAUAUCCCCUUCAAAUACUAUGGAGACACUAUUUUUAUGUUGAAUUAAAUUUCUAACAAUUAAUAAAACUCUUAACUCAUAUAUAUAGAUGAUGAUUUGGCUGUAUGGAGAGUAAUAUACUCCCAACAAAUGAAGAGAGAAUCAAUUGAAAAGUUGAAAUUGACUUUCUCUUUCAUUACAGAAUUUAAAUCUCAAGAAACAAAACUUUAUAAUAAAAAGGAUAAAAAUUUUUCAGAAUAGCAUGAUGAACAUGAUAUGAUUUUAGCUUAUUUUAUAGAAACUCAGAAGGAUCUAAAUGAGGGUGAUAUUGCAUAAUAUUUUGAAAAAAAACUUGAAUUUGAUAAAUCUUAAUAGGGAUCUGGAUAAAUUAACUAAAACAAAGAUCAAUAAUAAUAGGAAUCUGUAUCAAAAAAAGAGGUGCGAGAAUAUACCGAGAAAUACAAAAAAAAACUUGACUCAGGAAAAUUAUUUGAUUUAUCAGAAAAUUACUUUAUUAAGACGGACAGAAUGUAAGAAGAAAGAGGAAAUUACUAUGAAGAGCAAUAAUCCCAACAAGAGUUUUUUAAAUCGAGUGUGUUAGAUAUGUAUGAUGCAGAUACUAAACAAUUAUUUUCAAUUGCAUUUGAAAAUUAUCUUUAUUUGGAUAUUUAAACCAAACUAUUAUCAGUCAAAUAAUUCACAUACUUAAUUGGAGAACCCAUAGAAAUGCCUCAAAUUGAUAUUGUAAAUUAAUCGGAAAGACAAGAUGAUCCAAGUCAAAAAAAUAUAUGAUAUUUUAUUAAUA